CGAGCGGGCGGCCCAUCCAAUCAGGCCGCGCCCGCCUACGGGAGGCGGAGCUUACCGGCCUUGGGCGCGUUGCUGCGCCUCCGGAACCGGGGAAGAGGCUGCUGAGGCGUUCUGAGGGGAAGAAGCGGCGGCGCUGAGGGGAGAGAAUGGCAACCAUGGCGGAGGGCUUGGAAGACCAACGGAUCCAGUUAGCGGCUUCCGACUGGCUACUGUGGGACAAGGUGCGGGAGAAGGAGGGGAGGAAUAAGCCGGGCGUGGGGGGAAGAGGGAGGCCGACCAGGAGCUCAUAUAGUGGGCGCCUGUCGGAGAUGAGAGAGCUGGGGAGUGGGGAAGGGACACCGCGGGGUCAUCCAGCCCAACCCCCUCGCGCUGCGGGAAUGAAGGCGGCGCGUUCGAAUCGCAGAAUGGUGGGGUUGGAAGGGAACCCCCGGGGUCAUCCAGCCCAACCCCCUGCAGUGCAGGAACAAAUGGGGCAUGUUAGAAUGAGAGGUUGGUGGAGUUGGAAGGGAACCCCUGUGGUUAUCCAGCCCAACCCUCUGCGCUGCAGGAAUGAAUGUGCAAGUAGCUAUAGGCAACGUCUCUGGAGGACCUCGGGGAGCUUUUCAGAAGCAUGUUGCGUAAGCUGCCUGGCCAUUCCUUACCCAAGAAGGGUGGCUAUUAGCAUUAUUAUUGUGCAUUUAGUCCUGUGGGGGCUGGCUAGGGAGUCCGUGACAGCAGGAACAGGAUUUCCUUGAGCCAGUGUGGUGUAGUGGUUAAGAGCAAUAGUCUUGUAAUCUGUGGAAUCGGGUUCGAUUCCCCGCUCCUCCACAUGCAGCUGCUGGGUGACCUUGGGCCAGUCACACUUCUCUGAAGUCUCUCAGCCCCACUCACCUCACAGAGUGUUUGUUGUGGGGGAGGAAGGGAAAGGAGAAUGUUAGCCACUUUGAGACUCCUUCGGGUAGUGAUAAAGCGGGAUAUCAAAUCCAAACUCCUCCUCUUCUUCUUCUUUUUUAAAAAUACUGUAAUAAUAAUGAUUUUUAUUAAUUUUAAAUUCCAAAAAUCCAAUAUGCACCAAAUUAUAUUAAUACCAAAUAAUAAUACCAAUUCAUAUACAAAUCAGUUACAUUUUGUUGUUGUUGUUUAGUUGUGUCCGACUCUUCGUGACCCCAUGGACCAGAGCACGCCAGGCACUCCUGUCUUCCACUGCCUCCCGCAGUUUGGUCAAACUCAUGCUGGUAGCUUCGAGAACACUAUCCAACCAUCUCGUCCUCUGUCGUCCCCUUCUCCUUGUGCCCUCCAUCUUUCCCAACAUCAGGGUCUUUUCCAGGGAGUCUUCUCUUCUCAUGAGGUGGCCAAAGUAUUGGAGUCUCAGCUUCAGGAUCUGUCCUUCCAGUGAGCACUCAGGGCUGAUUUCCUUAAGAAUGGAGAGGUUUGAUCUUCUUGCAGUCCAUGGGACUCUCAAGAGUCUCCUCCAGCACCAUAAUUCAAAAGCAUCAAUUCUUCGGCGAUCAGCCUUCUUUAUGGUCCAGCUCUCACUUCCAUACAUCACUACUGGGAAAACCAUAGCUUUAACUAUACGGACCUUUGUUGGCAAGGUGAUGUCUCUGCUUUUUAAGAUGCUUAAAAAUCUUAAAAAUCAAUGAUAUAGCCAAUUAUAAAUUCUGUAUGGCUUCCCACGUGCUAUACUUCAGGGUCUGAUUCCCUUUCAUUCUGCCUCCAGACUAUUGCUCAAACCAAAUACAAUCCAUUCUUGAUAAAAUCCCUUAUACCACAGCUACAAUGAUUAACUUCAAUUCGCAUUAACACAUACAGUAAUUUGUAAUAUAGCUCUCCUUUCUUCUUCCUGUGUGAGGUUUUAAUUUCCAUCAGUUAUUUCUUUAUCAAAUAUUAUGUCCAUAUUAAUUAUUCCUGAUCUCCUUUGUUGCCUCGGAGUUACUCUGAAGAGGUCUCUCUCUUUGUUCCCAACUCUUCUGAUGCAGCUGUAAAAUUACACUUUCAUUUUCAAACAAGGAGUCACCCAAAGUCCUGCCAAAGCCCUGGCAGGCCUCCAAGUUCUCGCCUCCACGUCCAGUUGAAACAAUUAAUUAUAAUUAUUUGUAGAGGAUUGAUCUGGUGCCCCGGCAAGUCUUCAAAGUCCAGUCCUUCCUCCCCUCAAUGAGGGGCAAGUAAAAUAAUUAACUCCGCAGAGGCUCCAACCCCUUUUUAUAAUUAUUCCAAACAUUAUUUUUUUCUCACACAGUCCCGUUUGUCAUUAUGAUAUAUAUCUGUGCUCCCAUCUCCUUCAUUUGCUUUAAAGAACAAAACUUUUAGCAUUCCCAGGCAUUCUUGGGGGGGAGGGCGGGGGGUUGCUGAGUCAUUUAUGUAACAAAGGAUUCAUAAUGAAGCGAUUGGCUCCCCCCACAAACACAUACCGUCUUUUUUGGCUCAGAUGGAGUCAUCUUUCCAAUUUAAAUCUGUACGACCUUGUAACUGUUUCAGUUCAGCAGUCCUUAGUCUUGUCCCAUCAUUACCAACAUGUGUCUCUGCAUUAAUCCUAAUGAAUCCUUUAAUGAACAGAAGUACCGCUGCUCUUAAUGGCGGCAUUGGAGGGGUUACCGAGAGGUGAAUUGCUUUGCACCCAAUCAUCUCCCUGCCUCUCACAUCCAUGUAUGAGCGAAAGCCAGGUACCAAGACUAUCCACGAGUGUAGCUUACUCCUCCUGGGCCCUGGGGGGAGUUUACAAAGAUAAUUACCCUCUUUCAUCUAUGUUUAUUGCUUCGCCAGUGGUCUCCGCUGUCGUGGGAGCUGUGCCAUUAAGGCAACCGGAAGCCAUAGGAGCAGGAUUUCCAGUAAGAGAGCAUAGAAUGGUAGAACUGGAAGAGACCCCAAGGGUCAUUUAGUCAGUGUUAGAAACAGAUAUGAAAGCUAGGAGAUAAUGGCACCUUAAGCCUAGGUUAUGGGCACAACAACGGAAUGUCUAGGCGCACUUUUUUGUAACAAGAAUACAAAGCUGAAAAUGAAUGAACUGCAGCUUAAAUGUUAUGUUCAUUUUUCACAUGGUCUAGACCUCAUCUGAAGACUGCAAAAAACAAAGCCAUACUUCCCCUGCCCGUCCCCCUAAUAUUCUUAUGAGGGUCCCUUCUCCAGUCCUCAGAGAGUGGCUGGAAAUGGGGAGGCAGAAAAAGGCUGUCCUUUCCUUCCAUUCUGCAGUUUUAAUCUGAAAUCUUAGGCGUAUUUCCGAGCUCAGGAACUGCUCAUGCAAGUGAAAUUCCCGGUCGCAAAAUGCGCCUAGAACAAUGGGAGUUUCAAACGCUGUGUCUAGUCCAGCCCCCUGCACUGCAGGGAUAAAUCUGAUUUGUUAGAAUCAUAUAAUUGUAGAGUUUGAAGGGACCCUGGGAGUCAUCUAGUCCAAUCCCUUGCAGUGCAGGACUCUCCACUAAAACAUCCGUGACAGAUGGCCAUCCAACCUCUGCUUCAAAAUCUCCAAGGAAGGCUCCUUGCACUGCAAGAACUAUGAUAUAAUAGCCAUCUUCAAAUAACUAGAGGGCUGCCACAUGGGGGAAUGGAGCAAACUUGUUUUCCCCCUGCUUUGGAGUGUAAGAACUGAACCAAUAAUGGUUUCAAAUGACAAGAAAUGAGAUUCCUCCUAAACAUCAGGAAGAACUUUCUGAUGGUAAGGGCUGUUCGACAGUGGAAUGGACUCCCUCAGGAGGGUGUGCGCUCUCCUUCCUUGAACGCUUUUAAGCAGAGGCUGGAUGGCCUUUGGCUACUCACCUACUAAAUAGAACAUGAUUUAAACAUUGCUAACCAUAGUGCCUUCAAGCAUUUACCCUUAUGAACACCGUGUUUCCUUUCUACCAAUGCCCAGUGUAUCAGCAAUGAAGACAAAGGUGAUAGUGACCCAACAUCCACUGCCCAAAUCAUCUUAUUAUGUCUGUGUUCUAUUUUUGAGUGGGUUACAUACAGUACAUACUGUACUCCACAAAAACAUGUGACUUGAGUAUCAAAAUUAAAUUUUAGAACUAUCUAGAAUAGAGGCUUUUUGUGUGUUAGUAGCAGAAUCAUUCAGCAUUCCUUGUAUUUCAAUGGGGGGCACAAUUUCAGUGGCUGUUUAAUUUCUUAUUCCAGUUUUUUUGUUUUUGCUUUACUUCGGAGAGAUUUUUAGCUAUAUGUGUAUUUAUUUAAACUUUGUAUACCCUUCCUGUCUUACAUAAAUAGCUUUUGUUUCCCCAGAUAGUUGAAAUGCCUUGCAGUACAUUUCUUACAAUUUUGCUUUGUAACAGUUUAUGUUAUCUUAAAAUUCCAGACAUUAUUCAGUGAUUUAUUUUUGAUCCUCUAGGUGGUUAAAGUUGGUGGGUACAGUACACUGUGAAAGAAACUGGUUGUGUUAUGAGUUUUGGAUCAUAAUAUUUGAUGAGCAAUCCCGUUCUAAAUUUGUAUAAUAUUUAUAUGUACUGAAAGCAGUUUUAAGCAUAAAAAACCCACAUUCAGAGGCAGUUAUGCACCAAUCACCAUACCCUGUUUCUUCUGAAAUAGUACUUUGUUGAGAAAGUGGCUUGAGGAAUGUAACCUUGGUUAAAUAUCAGAAGAUGGUUACAAAACCUAAAGUAAAGUUCAACUAAGAUCACCCUCCUGAUAAGCAGAAGAGUACUAUAUUUACUGUUACAAAACGAGGAUCCACCUGGCAAGCUAUUACGCAUACAGAUACCUCAAUCCUUGGAUGAACAGUGUGCUAGAACCAUUUGGGCAAGUUCAGGUUCAUAGGUUUCGCAAUUUCUGGACUUUGUUAUGCAUUACAAGUAUGGUAAUGUUAAUCCUGAUUUAAACCAGAAUCCACAGGAUGCCUGAAAGGUGGCAACACAAGAACGGACCUUUUCACUGGUGGCUCCAUCUUAUGGCAUGCUUGGCACCAUCAUUACAUAUCUUUAGGAAUCAGUCAUCAGCACAAUUUCUUUAUUUUUGGCCAGGCUUUUAGUUACCCAUGUUUUCUGGGAGUGGGUGGAAUGUUUUAAUGUAGCUUUUAAAAAAUAGAACUACCGUUUAGACUUUUAUUUUCUUUAUCCCCAGUUUUAAUGUAUCUGUUUGCUUGCUUGUUUUUACUGCAAAUCCCUUGGAGUUACUUUGGUAAAAAAAAGCAACCUAUGAAUUUUAUAAACAGCAAUAAUAAUGGUAGCAACGUCUGCUUUCUCAUUGACCAACAAAAAAAGCUACAGUACUGCCGACUUCCGUCCCUAUUAAUCCCGAGACAAGGAGUGACUGAUUGCAGUCCUAUUGCCUUCAAUGGGUUUACUGCAUUUCCAUGUUUUUAAUAUGCCUCUGUGCAAUUUGUAGUUUAGUGAUAAAAGGGCGAGACUUUGGAAGCCUUUAGUUCAAAUUUAACCUCAAAGCUGAACCUGGAUAUGACAGCAGGUGAUCUGUUUAUUUUACAAAAUUUUAAUGCCAAAUGUUUUGUGGAACAGAGAGCCAUGGUCUGAAUGUAGAUGAAAGCAAGAUUUAAGGUUUAAUGAGCUUCUUGUGGAAGGACAGUGGGUCCGCUGCUGGAAAGACCCUGAUUCUAGUGAAUGCCAAGCUUGGUGCUGUUAGCAGGGCUUCAGUUCACACUUAGAGCAGUAUCCUACCACAGUAAACCGUCAUGGCUUCCCCCAAAGCAUUCUGGGAAGUGUAGUUAGUUAAAGAUGCUGAGAGCUUCAAUUUUCAGAGUGGUUUAACACUUCUUCCCAGGGCACUCUGGGAACUGUAGCUGCAUGAAGCCAAUAGGGGUCUCCUAACAGCACCCUAAGGGACGCGGGUGGCGCUGUGGGUAAAACCUCAGUGGCUAGGACUUGCCGAUCGCAUGGUCGGUGGUUCGAAUCCCCACGGCGGGGUGAGCUCCCGUCUUUCGGUCCCAGCUCCUGCCCACCUAGCAGUUCGAAAGCACCCUUAAGUGCAAGUAGAUAAAUAGGUACCGCUUUAUAGCGGGAAGGUAAACGGCGUUUCCGUGUGCUGCUCUGGUGCCGGUUCGCCAGAGCAGCUUCGUCACGCUGGCCACGUGACACGGAAGUGUCUGCGGACAGCGCUGGCUCCCGGCCUCUAGAGUGAGAUGAGCGCACAACCCUAGAGUCUGUCAAGACUGGCCCGUAUGGGCAGGGGUACCUUUACCUUUACCUAACAGCACCCUAUAGUUCCCGGGAUUCUUUGAGGAAAGCCAGAGCUGCUUAUAAAGUGAUGCGAUGCUGCUUUAAAUGUAUAGUGCAGAUGGAGCCACUGACAAUCUGUGGCAAAUCAUGUGGUAGGAGAUUCUCCCCGAGUGAAGUGCUUUGGAUGCCCAAAGCGUUUCAACUGACUGCUAAGUAGGAGAGUGAGUGAGUGAGUGUUAGAUCAGGCUGCAAGUAUCAUUGUUAUUAAGCACCUCUUUGCCCAGCAAGUGUGGAAUAAUCUGAGUUUUAGCUACUGUAUUGAUUUCUGCAUGCAUGCAUUUCAGUUAUAUUUAUUCCUCCUACCAGGAUGCAAAUCCUUCCAAGGUGGCUUUACAAAGCAAAAAAAGCAAACAAAACACUCCCCUUUCCAUUGUGCCUUUUGGAUUGGAAGCCAGAGGGCAAAGACUGUCUUAUGGUCGAUGCUUGUGAGCUGGUCUAGGAGCCUUUUGGGGGGCUGAAGAGCAGAAUGGUUCAGAUUUUUAAUGUAGAACACUUCCAGCACAAAGUCUUGGGGCCAACUUUCUUUGAAGCUGCAGUCGUCAGCUGUAAUCUUUACAUUCAGCACAGAAGGCCAAAUGUAAAGAUUCUCAGUAUUUCAAGAGCUCUAAUAUGUUCCAUCUGGCUUCCUAUAAGAUAAUUGUUGUAUGAUUCUGGUCUUGAGGAACAAUUAGUGACAACGAAUCUUCUUGUGGUUUGUAUCCCCCUCUUUAAAACAAAAAACAAAAACCAUCUGGAUUUGGGCAAACAGUCUCUGUAUUGUCUGAAUGUUUCGGCUCGGUACUGUAAAUACUUCUGUGAAGUGAGUUGCCUAACUCAGCAACAGGUUUGAGCACAUGACUCCUUUCCUGUAUUGCUUCUCUAGAGCUGCCUUUAGUUGUUAGGCAAGUGCUGGACAUAACAAGGCACUUUGUAAAUGCCAUAAGUACAUGUGGAGCAACAUGUCUGUAUUGUGAUAUGAAAAAGAAUCUCACGGCCAUCUAAAAAUAGGCAACGUCAUUAAACUGUCAGGCAUCCAUUAGGGUUCAAUGAUAUCACGGUAGUUUUGCAUUCAGUCACUAUUUGAGGACUGUAAUUGUGGCUAUGGGCAUUUGCUCGAGUUGCUUAUGAAGUUUGGGCCCUUCCAGCACUGUGAAAAGUAUACCAGAAGGCAUAGUGUGGCUCCUAUCCUACAUCACCACUACUCCUGUUUUUAGAAAAAAUGAUUCUGUUUUCCUUUGGACCACAUCAGCAAGGCCAAGAGGGGGUUCUUGUUGUCUGGGCAGCCCAGGGGCCCCAUACACACUGCCCAGGCUUGUGAACCAUGGUAGGUCACUUUGGUGGUGCUAAUGCAGAAUAAUAAUAAUAAUAAUAUAUUAUUUAUACCCCACCCAUCUGGCUGGGUUUCCCCAGCCACUCUGGGCGGCUUCCAACAAAAUAUUAAAAUACAAUAAUUCAUCAAAUAUUAAAAGCUUCCCUAAACAGGGCUGCCUUCAGAUGUCUUCUAAAUGUCAUAUAGUUGUUUAUUUCUUUGACAUCUGAUGGGAGGGCGCCACUACCGAGAAGGCCCUCUGCCUGCUUCCCUGUAACUUUGCUUCUCGCAGGGAGGGAACUGCCAGAAGGCCCUCGGCGCUGGACCUCAGUGUCCGGGCAGAAUGAUGGGGGUGGAGACGCUCCUUAAGUUAUACUGGGCAGUUUGACUUCACCCCGUGAGGCGCACUUAUUGUCUCUCGAGACAGACAGAUGCCAACGAUAAAUGGCCCCUGGUCCUGGCCUGGGUUGUUGGGUGUUGAACAGAGAGUGUCUCCUUCAGUUGCAUUUUGUAAGGAAACGUCAGUAUUGGUGCUGGCCAGAAAGCUGACUUUUAUGAAAGCUGCUCCCUUACAGACCCUUCAUGGACAAACUUCUGAUAAGCUUUCAAGGAACCCCUGAAUUUCUCUGAAUUGGAUUCCCUAGAAUAAUGGAAGUCUUGCAGUUACACUCUUUCCAUUGUAAGACUUGCUUCCCUCAAAAAAAUUGGCAAAGUAGGUAUGGUUUUCCAUAAAAGGUGCCCUAAAUUCUGGGCUCAAAAUUAAACCCUGGUGAAAUCUUUUUCCUUUACAGAAUUCCAAAACCAGAGACAAUGUAAAGUAUCUGCUUGCAAAUCAGAGUACAGAAGAACUCAGAAAAUGUUUUGGUUCACGGAUGGAAUUUGGGACUGCCGGCCUCCGAGCACCUAUGGGAACAGGAACAUCUCGGAUGAAUGAUUUGACUAUUAUUCAAACUACUCAGGUACCAGAUUUAAACAAACAGGUCUUUAUUUUUCUUUAAAAGUACUGUUUGCCUGUUUUUCAAAGAAUGGUUGUAAUUGACAGAAAGUUGAGUGCCUCUCUCAUUAUCAAUAAGUCAAGCCCAUCGAACUUUCUCUGGUUUGUACCCAAAGUUUGUAAUAAUUACAAUAUGUUGAGACUCAAAUAAUUGAAACCAUUUCAGUGGCUUAAUCAUGCUUUUCUUUAAUGGGUAAGCAUACCAUUAAUGUCUCUGCAACUAUUUGUAAUGAUUGGUUGUUUAAAAAAAAAAAUCACACCAAAGCUUUAGAGAAAUUAAACUGCAUCUCAAAAUGGCCAUCAUUUUCCACUGGAACACCUGUUCAGUUUGCAAGAUUAAAAUGAGCUUUUAGAAAUAGUUUCUCCGCUAUUUGGAGGCUAAAUCUUCCGAUUUGGGAGGGUUUUUCCUGAAGGUGGCUUAUAAAUUUUUGAAAUAACAUAAAGUCUGGAUUGAAUGUUAGUGAGAUAUGUGUUGAAGCGUAGGCACAGAAAAAUACCAUCAGAGUGUUGCAAGGCAUAUGCAAUUGCCACAUUGCUGCAAGGAUUGUAAGAUAGCAGAUCACUAAAUUGACCUGAAUAAAUAUCCAGGUGGAGCACUAAUUGGGAGAUUGCACAAGCUGUUUGCAUUAUUUGUGCCACAGACAGGCAAAGUCCCACAGCCCAGCUAUGUUGCUCUUCUCAGAUGACCAGAAAACCAUUCAACAAACAUGGCAGCAAUUUACAUGCAGUCAUCAUCAUCAUCAAACCCUUUAUUGGCAUCACAAACAAACAUCCAAAAAAAACACACAAUAAAAAACAAUACAGAAUUACCACUUCCCCAGUGGCACAAAACAUUUGCUAAAAGAAAGGAGGCAGAGCGGUCUAUCGUCACAUCUCUAGGUCUCCAGGGAGAUCAGACAUCUGCAGUGUAUUUCGACGACAAAAAACCAAAUAGAGAUAUUCAGCCACUAACUUGGUGAGCUCCUGAUCAUUCCCCAGUAAUAGAAAAUGUAUGACCUCCAACUCUGGUUUCCAUUUGGGGAUACAGAGUAGAUCUAGAAAUUGCUGAUGGAGAUCAGCAUAUAGUUUACAAUUAAGAACCAUAUGUGUAAGGGUUUCCACCAGGUGGUCUUCACAUGGGCACUGAUGGUGCAAGUGUUUCAUGUUUAUCAUGCAUACAAAAAGAUGGCACUGCUGUCUUAGAGUCAUUUUUGCAGCAACUGGGAGCCAGCAUGGGGCAAUCCUUCCCAGCUUAAGUGCAGCCUCACAGCAGACUAAGAUCAACAUCCCGCUCUUCCCAGAUUUUCAGGCAUAAAUCUUGCCCCCCCCAAAAAAAAUCAUCUGAUUAGCACAGACAAGUAUUGCUCAGCUGCUCAUUGAGGAUUCUGUAAUAAGAACACAAUUCCCCUUUCGUGUUGUGUAUAUAAGAGAGCACAUAACUUGCACCACGGUCAUUUACAUUGGCACAUAUGUGCAGUAUAAAAAGAAUAACUCUGCAAUGCUUGCACAAAAUCAUGGCUUAUAGCCAGGGUGGAUUUGAUUUAAAUCAAAUCGAUUUAAAUCACGAUUUAAAUCACUAGUCAGUAAGACUUGAUUUAAAUCAGUAGUCAGUAAGACUUGAUUUAAAUCUUUUUUUUUUUUACAGAAAGACUCAUUCAUGCUGGUAUAAUCUUAAUAUUUACAACCAGAUGAAGGUUUCAUUUUUGGAAUAAUAAAUUCUCAGAGUAGUUUUACAGUUAUAUCAAAAAUUACUGAUGUGGUUAUACUAUUAGAAAUACAUAGACAGAUAAUUCUGAAAUUAUUGUGAGGUUUAAUAAGUUAACUGUUUAUACUUGGACAACUUUUCUGCUGUACUUUAUUGGAAGGAGAAAAAUAAUCAUUUCCUUAAUAACAUUUUAAACAAUUUAUUUAACUGAAAAAAUAACAUUAUAGCAUAUGUAUUCAUGUUUGUUAUCUGAUGUGGUUAAAUGAUUUUUUUAAAAAAAAACUUAGACUGAGUUUUAGCACACAUGAAAAACUUAAAACAAAUUCUUAUUUCCUGAUAAAUAGCCUUUGGACUAUAAUGUAACUUAAAUAGAAAACUAUCUUUAGAAAGAUUUUUCCUCCCAAAGCGUUUUAUUUUAAAAAUCCAAUUUAAAUUUUAAAAAUCCCAUUUAAAUUAAAAAAUCCAAUUUAAAUUUUAAAAAUCCAGUAUUUGUGUGUGUGUGUCAUUGAUUUUUUUCCACCCUGCUUAUAACAUUGCAUUGGCCACCCUGCUCCAGCACACCAUACUGUAAGCACCUUACUUGCAGAGGCAGUAGAUACUGGGAUUAGGUUGGUAAAAUGCAAUCCUCAAAGUUACUGUAGUAGGUAUUUCCUUAAGUAUGACCUGAGGUUUUCAAUCUCUUUAUCUUACCUGAUCAAAAGGCUCUUCCUUGUUAACAGCAUUUCUUUUUGGGAAAAGGUAUGCUUUGUAGAAAAGGGGAUUUGCAUGUUGGUUCGUCUUUCGUCUUUUCAUUCUUAGAUUUUUGUCCCCAAGAUGAUGCUUUAAAAGCCACUUGCGGGGGAGAGGAGACAUAUUUUUUGGAACAUGGGUGAAAGGUGAAAGCUCACCAAGUUGUUUCUGCCUCCACUCUUCUGCCCUCGAGGCAAGCUUCUUCACCAGGAGCCCUGUAAUAUAUUCAUUUCAGGACGCCGCAACUUCUUCACUUUGCAAGCAAUAGCUUCCUCUUCCUUUGUUCUGUAGAAGAUGUGCAAAGUUAUAUGACGGACUUUCAAAACUGCUGGCGCUUUGUAUGCUUCCGUUUCUAGGGAUUCUGUAGGUACCUCGAAAAGAGCUUCAGUGACCUGAAGAAAAGAGGCGUUGUGAUUGGCUACGACGCUCGCGCUCAUCCUCCAAGUGGCGGUAGCAGCAAAAGGUAUUCUUAGCAACUGCUACAAUGAUUUGUUCAUGACAUGCUUGAUUUGCCAUAGAUGGAGAAGGGGCCCACUCAGAAUGAACUUAUUUCUUGACUUAAACUUAAGGGAAAGUCUGUGCCAUGAUGAGCUGAUAAGAUUGAUUGAUUGAUUUUUUAAAAUCCCAUCUUUUCUAAAAAAUAUCACUAUUAAAACAAUAAAAAUAUUAAAAUUUGAUGGAUCUGGCUGCUCCAGUCGAGUAUCUUUCUUCUUUAGGUAACUGGGGCAAAGAAUAAUAAAAUGAAAUGAAUUAAAGCUGUAAUUUGAGGCACGCUUGCUAAGGAGUGAGGUCUAUUUUAUUGGGAUAUAUCUCCCAAGUAAGGACACUUAAGAGUAUGUAAGAUUUAUGGGAAGUUGUUUUAGUCUAUUCUAUUGCGGUUGUUUUAACUUCCUUUAUGUUUUAAUUUGCAGUUGUAUUUUUUAGUGAUGAUUUUAUUGUUUUAUAUCUUUUUGUAAACUGCAUUGUAGAAAAAUCCUCAAUCAAGCAGCAUAUAAAUUUUAUGAAAUACAUACAUAAUAUCAUUAUUGGUAAGAAGUGUACAGUGGUGCCUCGCAAGACGAAAAGUAUCCGUUCCGCGAGUCUCUUCGUCUUGCGGUUUUUUCGUCUUGCGAAGCAAGCCCAUUAGCGGUUUAGCGGAUUAGCGCUAUUAGCGGCUUAGCAGGCUUAGCGGAUCAGCUGAUAAGCGGCUUAGUGGCUUAACGGAUCAGCUGUUAAGCGGCUUAGCGAUCAGCUGUUAAGCGGCUUAGCGGAUCAGCUGAUAAGCGGCUUAGCGGCUUGGGAAAAAGGGGGGGGAAGGGAAAAAAACCCGCAGGAACUCGCAAGACAUUUUCGUCUUGCGAAGCAAGCCCAUAGGAAAUUCGUUUUGUGAAGCACCUCCAAAACAGAAAACCCUUUCGUCUAGCGGGUUUUUCGUCUUGCGGGGCACCACUGUACUGCACUGUACUGUACUGUACUGAAAACCCAGAAGGUGUUUGUUCCACAAACUGCUCUGCUGUACUCUGCUGCCCCCUGGCUGCCAGAGAUCCCUCCUUUAUUUCAUUAUGUUGUGGAGAAAAAGCAGUGCUUGCCUGGCAACUAGGGGGUGAGCCGGGUUUCCUUUCGGAACUGAGGAACAACUUAUAGUUGUUUAAAAGCCCUGGCUACACAACCAGAUUGGUUGGCUUUAAUAGCCAGGGCUUGGUCCUCUUCAUAUGUUAACAUCAUACUUUUUCUGUCAUGCACAGAGACUUUAUCUCCAUACUAGAUGUAUUUUGUAGCCCAUGAAAAGCACUGGGAAGAAACUUAUCAUAUGUAGGUCACCCGAUUCAUGUCCUUGUGUUGGAGAACUUGGCCGUGCUGCUGUCCUUCAUAGAUUGCUAAAUGCAUGCUGUUUGCAGGGUGGGUGCCGGCAAACGUAAUGCAUGAAUAUCAACUAAAUGGCACCUAGGCUCAGUGCAGUACUUCUUCGAGUUUUGCAAGAGGAUUCCUUCCUUGUUUUCAAAUUAUUAUGUUUCUCGCCAAUAGAUUUGCAAGGCUUGCUGCGACAGCAUUUAUCAGUCAAGGCAUUCCUGUGUACCUUUUCUCCAACAUCACACCGACUCCUUUUGUGGUAGGUCAUUAGCCUCCUUGCACCCCAGUUAUGCUACUUAUACAUUGAUAGAAGGGUCAGUAGAUAAAUAUAAUUUAUUGUGAUGUUACACACACACACACAGAGAGAGUUGUACCUUGGAAGUCAAAUGGAAUCUGUUCUGGAAGUCCGUUCGACUUCCAAAACGUUCGGAAACCAAAGCAUGGCUUUUGAUUGGCUGCAGGAAGUUCCUGCAGCCAAUCGGAAGCCCUGCUGGAUGUUUGGCUUCCAAAAAUAGUUCGCAAACCGGAACAGUCACUUCUAGGUUUGCGGCAUUCGAGAGCCAAAACUAUACUGUUCGAGAACUAAGGUAUGACUGUUUUUGCCAUGAGAUGAGGUCAAACUAAAACUAGUUAUGAGAUCGUUAGUUCUUUUUAAAAAAAUCAACUCUGAUUAAUUUUAAGAGAGCCAUCUACCGUCUGCAAUUGGUUCUUCUGCUCAUUGCUUUCUCUGUGCUUUGGAGACCUUCCACUUUUUUUGCAGAUUGUGACAUAGAACUUACCUGUGAUGUGGGCUGAGAUGAAGGUCUCUGCCUAUACUUGCUGUUGUUGAUAGAACAGGCCAGAUAGGAAGCACCUUUUAUUGGAGUGCCAUCCCUGAUGGUCAUUCCAUAGCAUCUUGAUUGAAUUGGUGUUACGCAGGAGAAAUUUAAAAAUCAUGCGUUCUUGAUACCAAAGGUAUGCAUGUUGCUAAUCCAUCUGGAUACUUCAGUGUGAUGUAGCAGCAGGCAUGCUGUGCUUGGUCCAGAAAGACAUUGAUUCAAGUCCCCACUCAGCCAAAAAGUGCACUGCAUGUCUCUGGACAAAUAGUUACCUUGUUGGGAUACUGCUGGGGAGACGGGGGCAUCAGGCAGGCCCCCAGCUGGCUCCAGCCACCAGCCAGCAGCCGGGCGAUCACCGGUCUCCCUUGGAACAGCAUCAAACAGCAACACAAGCCUCAGAUACCUUUAGAGACUUGACACGCUCUAUAGCAGAGUGAAUAAAUCUUCUUACAAUGGAAGUGGCGGACAGAGACAUUUGUAAGCAGUAUUUACAGGCAUUUAUUCAGCAUAGUUAAGGAACAAAGGAAAAACAUGUCUUCUUCCCUUCGUGUCCAGCAAACAGCAAUAUAGCAAAAGCAACAUACAAACGGAAGUUCCCAGCAGACUGUGCUGGAAGUAAACAGGCAUGUGACACACAACAGACAUGCCUGUUCCUUUUAAGGUGGAACGGAACUAUAUCCUAACAUAACUUUCACCCGUCCCUCUUUCACAGUGUUGAAGUUAAAAUGUAAUUCCUAUGUAUCACAUAAACAGAGAUCAGUUUAAAUAGAACAAGGCUUUCACUAUUUCACUGAAAUUCUAAAAAGUGCUCCAAAUUCAGGGAGACUGUAGUAGCAGGCUGUUUGAUAACUGGUGACCGGGACGCGUGGGGGAAAUUGGAAGAGAUAGCUUUUUCUGGACUGAACUUUAUAGCUUCAUGUAUACUGUACUGAGAUUCUUAGAAUGUGGGAGAGAGGAAUAAAUAUUUUCUAAAAACUGUGAAGGAAACAGGGCAGUUGCUCCAGGCAGUCUUCUUCCAUUUUAAGAUUACUUUAUUUGCUUAUUUUCCACAGCCUUAUGCAGUGACUCACCUGAAACUUUCUGCUGGAAUUAUGGUUACCGCAUCUCAUAAUCCAAAAGAAGACAAUGGAUACAAGGUAUUCUCCUCCUCUUCCCUUGGUGUGUGAUUCCUGCAGUUCUACUGCAUGUGCUGAGCUGCUGCACUUGACUUGCCUGGCCUCCUCAUUCUCCAUCCCACAUUUUUGUCCCCAAUAUGUCCCAGUUUCCCAGAGUUCAGGCCCCAGCUGUCUCAGUUGCUACCACCAACCAUGUCAUCUGCUCCUACUUCAUGGUCAUUGCUUGCUCAAUUUCUGUCACCGCUUCUGCCACAUUCAGACCUGCCACCCCACAAACCAGCUCUAUGGUGCAUGGCUGCCUCACAGCUCUAAAACUAUCUGUUUAUACAUCUCUAUGCUUUUUGGUUUCUUAGAAUUCCAGGGCAACACCUGGUACUUUCAGCUACUAAGUACCGUAUUUUUCGCUCUAUUACACGCACCGGACCAUAAGACGCACCCAGUUUUUAGGGGAGGAAAAAAAGAAAUAAGAAAGCAACACAAAGCCUCCUGAGCGAAGAGGGAGCGCUCCUCCGUCUUUGCUCAGGAGGCUUUGCAGGGCUAUCCCUGAAGCCAGGAGAGCAAGCAGGAUCGGUGCACACUGAUCCCUCUUGCCCUCCUGGCUUCAGCGAAAGCAUUCCCCUCCACCUCCCGCAAGAGCCGUGCACUCUCUAAAGGGAGCUGUGCGCUCUGUCCCUUCCCCCACCUCCCACAAAAGCCAGGGAUAUCCGUGCAAAGCCUCUGCAGGGGAGCGGCAUGAAGGCUCCCCGCUGCCCUGUGGAGGCUUCCCGCCGCUAAGGCAGAAGCUAGAACAGCGAGAGGGAACACUGCGCAGCGCUCCCUCUAGCUGUUCUGGCUUCUGGGGUAGCCUCCGCAGGGCAGAGGGAUGAAGGCAUUCCCUCCAUAAGAUGCACACACAUUUCCCCUUUUUAGGAGGGGAAAAGUGCGUCUUACAGAGCGAAAAAUACGGUAGAUACAUUAUAAUGAAGCUUCCAUUAACAGAUAAUCUGCAUAUAUUCUCUGUGUUACUUAGGUUUAUUGGGAAAACGGCGCUCAGAUAAUUUCACCUCAUGAUAAAGGAAUUGCUCAAGCUAUUGAAGAAAACCUAGAGCCGUGGCCUCAAGCUUGGGAUGACAGCCUGAUUGAUAAAAGUCCCCUACUCCACGAUCCUUACGCAUCUAUUAACAAGGACUACUUUAAGGACAUACAGAAGCACUGCUUUCACAGGUAAACUGUCAGGGAUGACUUUUCUUCCUUCUUGGGGAUAAAUCUAUAUUAUUUAAUUUUAGUGCAACAGGAUUAAAAUUGAAAGAAAGUUGCAAGUAGGUUUCCACACGCAGAAAUGGGAAUUUCUUUUGUCCAUUGGGAGAAAGGUGGGACAAACUUCUGAUGAGGGAUGUAGGAUGAAAGAAAGAAAGAAAGAAAGAAUCUUUAUUUGCAUCAGCCAUCGGCCAUAGCAAUAAAACAACAAUACGAUAUACAAAGAAAUAAAAAGUCAGUUAUAUAAAAUACAUUUUAGGGUUUUGAAUCAAUAAUCAAAUAGUGGAUCUUAUUCUGAUUGCCCCAGCUAAAAACCUUGCAGCCUUUGCUGUCAUCUGCUCAUCUUGAUUUGCCAAGAGAAAGGACAGUAUGACAGUGGCUAGGUGACCCAGAAUGGAUGAUAAAAGAGGGGUGAUAACCUCAUUCCUCAAGUCUUUAUAAAGAGUGCAAGCCAGAAGGACAUGCGUCACUGAUUCGGUACUGCCAUCUCCACAGGGACUGAUGAGGGAUGUAGGGAAGAAAAGACGAAAGGUUGUCUUAAUUAUCACUAGCAAGCGACAAUCCCUUAAAAAUGAGUAGGAGUGUCAAAUGGUGAGGUGGCAGCUGGUAAGAGGAGUUCAUGUUAUUAAAAUCUCGGCUGAUGGCCUAACGUAGAUAGACAGUGCCUGCUUGACCCUUGAAAGGAAGGCAACUUGUGGCGAGUCCAUUUUUCCUUUCUCAGCCGCUAAGGAAAGGCAUUCAGGACAGGAAUGUCCCAAACUUCAGAUCUGUGUGUUUCCCUUUGUUCAUCUGUUUCCGUUCUUCAUUCCCUGCCUUAUCCCAUAAGACAUCUAAGCAGGUACUAUAGCAGUGCCAGCAGAGAGGAGAUACACAGAAAGAGUUGCACACACGUUGUAACCGCUUUGCAACUGUGUGUGCAUGCAGGAACGUCUUCGCAACAUUGCUUGAAUACACAGUCUGCUUACAUCAGUUGUGUGGCCUGGAGUUGAGAAUCAGGCAACUCGUAAGCGGCUUUUUUAAAAAAACAAGUUUUAGUGAAAGAGGAUACAGUACAGUGCAUUUCUUUGUUAUUAGCAGUAAACAAGCUCAUGCCAAUGUAAUGUCAUUGAUGUACUUAAUUUCAGGAAUAUAAACAAGGAGACAAAGCUGAAAUUUGUCCACACUUCUGUGCACGGUGUAGGCCAUGAGUUUGUGCAGUCCGCCUUUAAGGUGUUUGACUUUAGCCCUCCAUUUGCUGUUCCUGAACAGAAGGAGCCUGAUCCAGAAUUUCCAACAGUAAAAUAUCCAAACCCUGAGGAGGGGAAAGGCGUACUGGUAAAACACAAUUUAGUCAAAAUUCUUUCUUCUACCUUUCUUUUGCGCCACUUCAAACCUUUCCUGAUAACCUAUAAAUCUUCUAAAUGUAUAUUCUUUUUUUAAAGACAUGUACUCACAUCUUUUGAAAAAGCCAUCAAACAUCUUUUCUUCUUCCUCUUCUCUCUCCUUGCUGUAUCCUGAGGACAACUACAUGUUAAUUUCAUGGAAUCAAAAAUUUGAUGUGUUCCUUUUUUCUGCAAGAGGUGCAAUUAAAAUAAUGUGUGAAUCAGCACCAAAUUGUCUCUUUCUUUGGCAUGUACCAUAUUUUUCGCUCUAUAGGACACACCUUUUCCCCUCCAAAAAUGAAGGGGAAAUGUGUGUGCAUCCUAUGGAGCAAAUGCAGGCUUUCGCUGAAGCCUGGAGUGCCCGCCGGGCUCCCAAGGCUUGCGGAUAGCAGCCUGCAUCCCGAAGCCUGGGGCGCGCUGUGCAGCGCUCCCCGGGCUUCGGGCAGAUAUCCGUAAGCCUUGGGAGCUUGGCGGCGCUCCCCCCCCCCUGCCAGCCCCAAAGAGCAGGUCGAAAGGAACCCUAAGCCUCCAGAGCCCAGCGGGAACUCCUUGAACGCACCUUGAACGCACAGAACGCACCUUGACUUAGAGGGGGAGAACAAGAAAAAAAAAUUCCUGUUCUCCCCCUCCUAUGGUCCAGUGUGUCCUAUGGUCCGGUGCGUCCAAUAGAGCGAAAAAUACGGUAGUUUCAGGGUUUGAGCCAAACUUUCCCAUCUUUGUCAGCAAAUAGGCCUCUUGUAUUAUUAUUGGCAUAAAAUGCAUUGAAUAUAUUUCUUUUCUUUUUAAAAUGUUACUGCUUUGGGGCUCUUCACUUUCCUGUUCUUUUUUAGACACUGUCUUUUGCCUUGGCCGAAAAAGAAGGAGCUCGGAUUAUUUUAGCCAAUGACCCAGAUGCUGAUCGACUUGCUGUUGCAGAGAAACAAGAAAGGUAUGGUUGCUUGCUUUGGUGAUUUCAGUGUUUAACAACAAUUCAAUUGUUGAAAAUGCCCAAGAGCUAUUUAUGUAAAUGUAUAUUAUCUGUUGGGACGCGGGUGGCGCUGUGGGUUAAACCACAGAGCCUAGGACUUGCCGAUCAGAAGGUUGGAAGUUCGAAUCCCCGUGACGGGCUGAGCUCCCGUUUCUCGGUCCCUGCUCCUGCCAACCUAGCAGUUCGAAAGCACAUCAAACUGCAAGUAGAUAAAUAGGUACCGCUCUGGCGGGAAGGUAAACGGUGUUUCCAUGCGCUGCUCUGGUUCUCCAGAAGCGGCUUAGUCAUGCUGGCCACAUGAACCGGAAGCUGUACGCCGGCUCCCUCAGCCAAUAAAGCGAGAUGAGCGCCGCAACCCCAGAGUCGGUCACGACUGGACCUAAUGGUCAGGAGUCCCUUUACCUUUAUAUCAUCUGUUGCCUUACUUUUCUUUUGACUACUGUCAAAAGUGUUGGCAGUAGAUGCUCUUGAGAAUAAUAAUAAUAAAAAAUGUAUCUUAAAUCAGUUUCUUUUAAAAAAUACUUACACACCCAAUAUUUGUGGAAAAACAUGUCAGUUUGCAUUUCUUAGUUCAGAAAGUAUUGAUCUGAUGUGUAGAGAUCUUCCCCAUUCUAAUUAAUUCAAGAAGCUUCUCUGUGUGAAAGAAGCAAUCAGAAGAUUCCUGAUAUUUGGGUUAUUCCUUUAGAGAAGCUGAGUACAGCUGGCUUUAACCGCUUCUCUUAUCUCUUCCUGUCAAGGUCAUGCAGACUAUAAUAGUCAGGCCAGAAGGAGCCUGCGUUUCACUUUCUCUUUCUAUCUCUUUUCCUUCUGGUGUGGUGUUCUGCACAUAGUAUGCUUAGUAUUAAGGUUUAGACUUAUUGUAAGUUAUUGUAAGUUUCAGUUAAGUCUGCUGCCAUUGGAUUUCUUAUAGACAGUGCCAUUCCCGAAUGUAUUGAAUUUGUGACCAUUAUGCUCAUCUGGCUUCAGCAGCAGUGAAGCUCUGCUGGAUGAAAUAUAAUUGCCUCUGGUCUAUUUUUGGGGAAUCCUGCAACGUGCUUUAAGUUGUUACUCUGCUAACUAUACAUUGGAAUCUACUCUGGAUCAAUAUUGAGUAGAAUGACAUGACAAAUAAAAGUGCACACUCUGUAUCUACCGUAUUUUUCCGUCUAUAAGGCACCCCCAUGUAUAAGACGCCCCCAGUUUUGGGGGACUCGGAUUUAAGAAAAUAGGGGGAGCCACUAUCUGUGUAUGACGCCCCCUAAUUUCGGACAUUAUUUUUUAGGAGGGAAACCUAGUCUUAUACACGGAAAAAUACGGUAUAUCCCUUUGGUUUUGGAACUGCAACCUCAGCACAAUUUCUUUACUGUAGUUCCUAUCAUUUCUUUACGUUAAGCUGUUGAGCUACUGUCUCUCUAACCAUCUAAACUUGUUCUGUCCCUCAGUGGAGAAUGGAAGGUGUUUUCUGGCAAUGAAUCAGGAGCUCUUUUGGGCUGGUGGAUCUUCACUUGCUGGAAAAAGCAGAAUCAGGAACCCGCUGCCAUCAAAGAUGUAUACAUGCUUUCGAGCACAGUGUCCUCCAAAAUCUUAAGAGCAAUCGCACUCAAGGAAGGAUUUCACUUUGAAGUAAGCCGUUUGGGGGCAGGAGAGAAGCAUAUUUCAUUUUCCUGUAGACAGUGUUCUGACUGAAAUCUUGUUCUGCACAGGAAACCUUAACAGGAUUCAAGUGGAUGGGAAACCGAGCCAAGCAGCUCAUGGACCAGGGGAAAACGGUCUUAUUUGCCUUUGAAGAAGCGAUUGGUAAUAAGUAUUCCAUAACGCAGAGUGGUUUAGACUGAAAUAUUUUACAGAGAUAGGCAUCUGUUUAAUGUACCAUGUACUCUUGUGGGUUUUUUGUUUUUUUUUACUGGUCUUGAGAACUGAUUACCUGUAGUACAGUGGUAUCUUGGUUCUCAAACUUAAUCCGUUCCAGAAGUCUGUUCCAAAACCAAAGCGUCCCAAAACCAAGGCGCACUUUCCCAUAGAAAGUAAUGCAAAAUGGAUUAAUCCAUUCCAGACUUCUAAAAUGAAAGCAAUAAACAAUGUACUAUACUAUAAAAUAAAUAAGACGGUAUUGUAGAUGAUAAAAAUUAAAAUGAAAAAAAAUCUUACCUACACUGAUGAUAGUCAUUGUUUGGAUGGCAGGCUUUUAUCCACUUCCGCAGUCACAGAAUCAAUCAAUCAAUCAAUCAAUCAGUAGCUGAACUGGGUUCCACCCAGUCACAAAAACAAAUUAACCGGAAAAGCCUCAAAAACAUGCAAAAUACAUAGCAAAAACAAAAGCGCCAAACUUCAUCCGUUCCGGAAGUCCGUUUGAUUUCCAAAAUGUUCAAAAACCAAGGCGUAGCUUCUGAUUGGUGCAGGCGCCCCGGAAACAGUAGCCAACAGCUACAUCGGACAUUCAGCUUCCAAAAAGUGUUUCAAAACUGGAACACUUACUUCUGGGUUUUUGACGUUUGAGAACCAAGGUACCACUGUACAAUGAGGUGCAUACUGUCUGCAUUUAUGCUGAUGAGAGUAGGAGAAAAUGCUUGCCUACUGAUAGCUCAGGAAGAUAAUGUUCAGAUGCUAACUGUUUCUAAGCUUUGGCUUUAAAAUGGGGCUGCUUAUUUCAGCAUAACACUGUGGGUUAAACCACAGAGCCUAGGGCUUGCCGAUCAGAAGGUUGGCGGUUCAAAUCCCCGCGACGGGGUGAGCUCCAGUUGCUCGGUCCCUGUUCCUGCCAACCUAGCAGUUCGAAAGCACAUCAAAGUGCAAGUAGAUAAAUAGGGACCACUCUGGCAGGAAGGUAAACGGCAUUUCCGUGCGCUGCUCUGGUUCGCCAGAAGUGACUUAGUCGUGCUGGCUGUACGCCGGAACCCUUGGCCAAUAAAGCGAGAUGAGCGCUGCAACCCCAGAGUCGGUCACGACUGGACCUAAUGGUCAGGGGUCCCUUUACUUAAAAUACCACCACUAAGCAAUUUCCCUCCCUAAGUAUAAUAAUGCCCAAUAAUCAAUAAAUAUAUGAUAGUACUUGAGGGUUGGGAUACCAUGCUGCAAUUAACUGAAAACAGAUUUGCUUCUGGCAAUACUUUCUGAUGACAUGCAUAUUACCAAUGUGUGUCUUAAAAUGUUUCCAUGUCCAUGUCAAUAAAUGGGUUAGUUUGCUCAUUUAAUGCUAACAUAGACAAGUCUCAGUGAGCCCCAGCAAAGCAUUUGUUUUGCACCCUCCCACAUUGCUACUUCCAUCCUUCAUGAACAGGAGAACUUUUGCUGAAUAUGCUUUCUGUUUCAAUGGCUAUUAUCUAAAUUUUACCUGAGAACCAGGAAUCCUGGUUUAAAACUACCAAUGGCUGCUUCUAAACAAGCCAACCACAAACAAUAAGGUAUGAAAUUUACUUGUUUAGCCACUGCUAGGUGUAAAUCAGUAUUCUUGUUUGUGUUACAUAUGAACAAGGCUUAGCAUUAUAUGCAAAGUAAAUUCUACAGAACUUAUCCCAGCCACAUGGGAAGAAAGGACCGUUAUGAUGAGGCACCGAAUAUAGCAUUACUUGCAAAUCAGUCCAGUGGUUGAGAUGAAAAUUGGGGCUAUCCUUAUCUCGGUACUAAAAUGCACCUAACCCUUCUGAAAUUGGAGUGAAAUGCAUUUCCUAACUUGGGUCAUUCAUUUGAAAUGAUCCUUCAGUCAGUGAUCCAGGUUUAGGUCUUGGGUUUAGGGCUUAGGUUUAAUAAUAUUAGUCACAUCCAAGUACCUAAUACAAACCAGAUGAUGUACAGAUAUGAAAGCAACACUGCCUUGCAUAUGAGCCUGUUAUCUUGUGUUGUGUGAUAGGAUUACUUUAUUUCAUAGAAUCACAUUUGUAACUGAAUGGAAACUCAGACUUUUGCAUUUCAUCAUCUGUCAAGAACAUUUAGACAAAAUAGCUUCUGUUAAAGAUGUUCUGUCUUUAACUUUGUCUUCAGGAUAUAUGUGCAGCCCUGUGGUCUUGGAUAAAGACGGUGUCAGUGCUGCGGUCAUAACUGCAGAGAUGGCUGCUUUUCUGGAAACCAAGAAAUUGACUUUGUCUCAGCAGUUGAAAAACAUUUACAAUGAGUGAGUUUACAAUGAGCAUUUCAUAGUAUACUUCAUAUAUUUUCUACAUACAAGGUACAUGGAGCUCACGGGUAACUAUUUUGCCUUCAAAGGUACGGCUACCAUGUUACUAAAGCUUCCUAUUUUAUCUGUCACGAUCAGAAGAUUAUUAAGGAGCUAUUUGAGAAGCUUAGAAAUUAUGAUGGGAAGAACACUUAUCCAAAGACCUGUGGGAGAUUUGCAGUGUCUGGAGUACGGGAUCUCACUACUGGCUAUGACAGUAAUGAGACUGAUAAAAAAGCUGUAAGUACCGUAUUUUUCGCUCUAUGGGACGCACCGGACCAUAGGAGGGGGAGAACGGGGGGGGAAUUCUCCCCCUCUCUGCUCAGCGCCCCUUCAGCGAAGCGGGAGGAGAAACAGAGCCCCUUCCAUUUCUCCUCCCGCUUCGCUGAAGGGGCACUGCGCAGAGAGGGAAAACUGUGCAGCGCCUCUCCAGCGAAGCGAAGCCUGGAGAGCAAGAGGGAUCGGUGUGCACCGACCCCUCUCGCUCUCCAGGCUUCAGGCAGCUAUCCGCAAGCCUUCGGAGCGCAGCAGGAGUUCCCGCUGCGCUCCGAAGGCUUGCGGAUAGCUGCCUGAAGCCCCCGGAGCGCAGUGGGAGUUCUCUGUUCUCUGGGGGCUUCAGGCGGCUUCAGUGAAAGCAAUGCAAAGCCUCCGGAGCGCGGGGGGAUCUCUCCCUCUGCGCUUCGGAGGCUUCGCGUUGCUGUCGCUGAAGCCAAGGAGCCUGCAUUUGCUCCAUAGGAUGCACACACAUUUCCCCUUCAUUUUUGGAGGGGGAAAAGUGCAUCCUAUAGAGCAAAAAAUGCACUAGCUGGAACUUUUUGUUCUUUUAUUUCUAGGAGACUGUUGCUCCCUGAAUGAUGUCCUCAUCCUAAAUUCCUUUAUUUGGAAAUAAGUCUCAUUGAUUUUAUUCCAGCCAACUAAAAAGGAGUCCUAUGACAUCUUAAAGACUAAGGGAAGAAUUCAACGUCACACUGUUCUGAUAAGCGCUUCUGAUUGUCAUAGGGAACUAUCCCCCUUCUCCUCCCCUCAUCUAUAUUUGUUUGAGGACCAAGGCAGAAAUUAGUGGAACAAAAUGCUUCAAAAAGUGAACUGGCAGCUGAAAACAGAGCUCAGGAAGCAGGGCAAAUCCCAUCCCUUAAUAAGGAUAAAAAAAUUAAAAACAGUUUUGAAAUACUGUGUUUUGUGUACUGCCUUGUAAGCAAUGCUGGAGCUAAAUGCAAACAUGCACAUAGCGUUGAAUCCUGCAUGUAGAUUGCUAGCAGAAUUAGUCAAUCUAUGCUGUUCCUUUGUCAGUGCAUUUGACUGAUGGAAGAAUCUUACGAACCCAAUAGAGGUAUUGUAAGCUGCCCAGGAGAGGGAUGCAGGUGGCGCUGUGGGUUAAACCACAGAGCCUAGGACUUGCCGAUCAGAAGGUCGGCAGUUCGAAUCCCCGUGACGGGAUGAGCUCCUGUUGCUCGGUCCCUGCUCCUGCCAACCUAGCAGUUCGAAAGCACGUCAAAGUGCAAGUAGAUAAAUAGGUACCGCUCCGGCAGGAAGGUAAACAGCGUUUCCAUGUGCUGCUCUGGUUCGCCAGAAGUGGCUUAGUCAUGCUGGCCACAUGACCCGGAAGCUGUACACCGGCUCCCUUGGCCAAUAAAGCGAGAUGAGCGCUGCAACCCCAGAGUCGGUUACGACUGGACCUAAUGGUCAGGGGUCCCUUUACCUUUACCUUUAAGCUGCCUAGGUGACUUGCUGGUUUGAUCUGCAUCAUUUGCAGGUACCUGCAAAUUAGAAUAGUGUGUGUCAUAUUUGGCAUCCUAAUGCCCAAUCCUAUAUUUUCGCUCCCCCAAGAAAAAGAUAUCUCUUGAAAUCCCCCCUGUCAAUUUUUCACAUGAAGAGUCCAGGAGAGGUUAGUGCUUUAUUUCUUUAUCCCAUGAACCCCACCCUUAGAAAGCUGAUGAUUAGUCAUUACACAUUAGCGCAUAUGAGUCUAAUGCAGUUAUAGCCAAAAUUGUGACAAAUUUACCUUUUGUGGUGUUAGGUGCUUCCUACCAGUAAAAGCAGUCAAAUGAUAACAUUUACGUUUACUAAUGGAUGUGUGGCUACCAUGCGAACCAGUGGGACCGAACCCAAAAUCAAAUACUACUCAGAGCUUUGUGCACCUCCUGGAAACAGGUAUUGUUUAGGUUUAUUUAUUUUUCUGUUGCAAACCAUUGUUAAAUUUGGAUUUCUCCUACUGUAGACCUUUUCACAGAAUAGCUGUUUGAGCAGUUUUCACAGAUCUUUGUUUAACACAGUUUUGGGUCGGGUAAGCUAAAUUUCAUUGUCAUAUCCACAAAACCUCAGUCCAUUGUAUUUCAAAUGUGUAUUUUAAACCAUCUCCCCUUUGCUUUAUCCCAGCCACCACCACAGUUCAGAAUGGACUUUACCUAUUAGCAUAUCAUGAGAAUAAAUCUACUGUUUUUAAUGUGAAUGAGAAUUUGAAUAGAUUGAAACCCAGGUUUUGUUUUUGGCUUAUUUUUAGUGACUUUGAAAAGCUGAAGAAAGAACUGGAUGAACUGGUCAGUGCAAUUGAAAAAUAUUUCUUUGAGCCAGAGAAGAAUAAGCUGCAGCCCAAGCCAGAGUGAUACAGCUGUCCCUGUUUUCAUCUCUACACAAACAAUACUUUCUACAGUUAAUUGGAUAAUAUGUGUAAAGCACUUGUUUCCAUGAAUUAAGGGUGCACAAACGUGACUGUAAUUUCACUAUUUUGAAAAGUAUGUUUGCAUGUUUCAUCUGUCAUGCAUGCUCAUGUUUUGAGGGGAAAUAUGUCUUCCCUUGGCAAAUUCUCCUUCAACCAAUUUCCUGAUGAAAUUGCAUUUGGUUUUAAUAAAAUAGUUGGUAGUGCCUGUUGACACAAGGAAUGUCCCCUACAAAUGCGCUCAGUAAUGGAUGCUGAUUUUAUGUUACAAGGUUUUGCAUUCAAUUGUAAGAUUACCACUCAUACAGAUCUCCUGAGUUUCCUGAUCUAUCAUGCUUGUUUCUGUUAGAACUUUUUAAACUUUUCAGUCAUCUCACUCCUGUUGGUGUGUGCAUGUUGAAAAGUUGCCUCUUCGCUCUCUUAUAUUCUCAAACUGGUCAGUGUCUCCUAGUUUUCCAGCUUUGCUCCCCAUCCCUUGCAUGCCUAAUCUCUUUGGUUGCAAGCAUGAGAGCAAAAUCUGUUUCUCUUUUUUGACUCACAAUGCCUAGUUACUGGAAGUACUCCAGAAAUAAUUAUAAUUAUAAUUAUAAAAUGUAGGGUCUGCCUUGUCAGAAUCAGCUGCAAUAAAACCAGCACAUCAAAGAUGUGGUAUAGUCCCCAGUGCAGACAAGCCAGUAGCCUAACCUGAAACAGCACGGGCUGUUUAUCAUAUAUCUGAAUCUUGAACUUGUAACAAAACAACACUAGGUAUAGUUCUACCAAUAGCAGAGACAAUGGAUUCAGUUCUGCAAGAUGCAUAUUUCCUGUGCUUUUUUCUGGGGGGGAUGCAGGGGUACACAUAUCCCUAAACAUUUUGUGAAUUAAGUUUGGCCUCAUUGGGGGGCAGUAUUUCAAUGUAAGUAGGAAAAUGAGAGUACCCCUAAACAUUUUUUUUAGAAAAAAAGCACUGCAUAUUUCUAUAAUUAUGUAGUUAACCAGUGUAAAAAUUAUAAGAAAAUCAGACAAUUAUUCAGUCAGUUGCCCUAUAUAUUCUGAGACAGAGUUCUUUCAAAAAUCAUUGGUUCUACAGAAUAUGAUCUCUGUCUGUAUUGCUUAUUUCUGAUUACCUGCUCCUCCCCUUUACAGAUUGCUUUUGGCUUGUUUGGGUUUUGCUUUGUUAUUAUCGAGGGAACAACAUUAGCUUUAUAGCCGCUAGCUAUCUAAAGGCAAGAGUCCUGUUUUCCAUGACUGAUCCCUCCAAAUGGAAGCUGAAUAAAAAAUUACCUGUCUCAGUGAUGUCUUGCCUAGAGCAGUGGUUAUCAAACUUUUUUCCCUGAGUCACACUUUGCUCAUGCUGCCCAGAGUCUUUUCCAACACUCAUGUUUGAAUGGCAAUUCUGAAUCACAACCAGGAUUGUCCUUGAUAUCACUUGAUGCUGUUGCUCUUAUAUGGAAAAUAUAUCUAUCAGUAUUCUGCAAAUUAAAUGUUUAAAUGUCUGAUUGUCCUUGAAUCUUCCUGCCACACUUGCCACCUACCCCUGCUGCACUCUUUCAAAAUCACUGACCUGAAGUUUUGAUUACCAAAAAGACAAUUUCUUUCUUCAUGAAUGACUUGAAUGACAAAUCAGAGAUAGGAUGUGCAUUUUUUCUUGAAAUUGUUGACUGAUGUGAAGCUCUUGGAAUCCUAGCCAAUCUGUCAUCCAUGAUUGGUUUUUUAAAAGCUCAACAUACAUUUGCAUAACAGUUAUGCACUUAAUUUAUUUGACUACAUUCCGGAAGAACUGUAGAGUCUCAUUUGAUGUCGCCCAGAGUGGAUGCUGCUUAUGUAUGGCAAUGUAAAAUACUGUUUGACUCUUUAUUAAAUGAGUGUUGCAAAGUUUAUAAAA